AUGAAGUACCUUCUCACCACCCUUGCGGCAACAGCCUCUCUCCUGAGCGCCGUCACCGCCGACUUUGAGAUCUACCGCGUAGGCAUCGGCGGCAACGGCAUCACCGCAAACGUCGAAGGCUGGCAAGUCUACCAAGACGAAGCCAACUGCGACACUGUCCUAGAUUGGAUUUGGCCCGACACCGACGACGCGAGUGGCCGUGGCGUCCGCUGCGAAGGUGACGGCUGCGGCCGCUCUGACGACAGUGAUCCUGCCAAGAUCGAUGUCCUCGAGAUGAAUUUCGAGGGGUAUCACUGGAGUAAGUGUCCUCUUACCCUUGGUGGAUAUCGCAAGUUGCGCUGUGAGGUUGAUGUCAACGCUGAGCAGAUCAACUCCAACCGCUUCAGUCUCAGGGGCCGCAGCUUGCCUGGGCGCAACUAA